CUUUUUCCCUCUCAUGUGGAAUCUCUUGUGAUUCAUUAGUUUUAAUUAACGGUUUCAUUUGAUUGUUAUCUCUCUUUCAUUGAAUGUGAUUAAUUGUUUAUUCAUUUGUAUUAAUAACGAAAAUAUAUUCUUAAUGUCUAUUCCUGCCCCACCUAAUGCGAAUUCUCUUGGUAUUGGGAGAAUCGCAUUUUCACUUGAAGUUUUCCAAUCGAAUUUUAAAGACGAGAAACAUUUAAAUGUUUCUUUCGAAAAUAUUUUAAGCAAUUUAUUGAUUGAAAUAAUUUCUCCAAGAGCUGAGUUCAGAUGUCUCUCUGGUACUAAUUCUCUAUACAAGUGGGAAAAAAAUGGAUUAGUCCAUCUGAAAACAAGUACCCAAAGUGAUGAGAAGACUCGAAGUGAAUCUUAUGUCGGUCUAUGGGAAGUAUUCAUCUAUAUGUAUCAACCAAAAGUUCUUUUAGAAAAUGCAAUCAACUGCCUAUCGAGAUCAACAGCUCUGAUUCCUUUGUCCACAAACGUUCAACCCGAUGGAGAUGUUAAUCUAUCUGAUGCUCAUUCUAGAAAAAUUGGUUUUCUAUGGAAAUUAAUCAAAGGAAAUGAUAAACCUUUCGUAAACUUUGAUAGUUUCCAUUCUUGUUCUAGUAAGAAUUCAGAACAAAUAAUUAUCAAUGGAUUCAGUUUUGGUAAUAUCAUCAAUGGAACCAAAUUUGUUGAGCAUUUCAAAAGUCUCAAAUGGGCGAUCUAUUAUUAUUAG